AUGCGCGUCGUUGUCCAGAGAGUGAAGCGAGCAAGCGUGGCGGUGGAGCACAAAGAUGGAGACGGCACGUCCUCGGAACCAUCGUCCGUUGUGAGCGAAAUUGGCAAAGGGAUCCUCUGUCUCGUCGGCGUCAAGGAUGGGGACGAGAAGGGACAUGCAGAGUGGCUCUGCAAGCAGAUCGUGACGGCAAAGCUGUUCGAGGGAAUGUCUGAGGCAAACGCAGACAAGAGAUGGCGGUCUAACGUCAAGCAGAACGGCUUCGAAAUACUGUUGGUGUCACAGUUUACCCUCAACGGGCGAGUGUGCUCCAAGGGCAAAGUGGACUUCACCGGUUCGAUGCCCCCGGCAGAAGCUAGGGAGUUUUACAGCCGCUUUGUAGACAUGGUCAAGAGCGCACACGCACCCGAACUGGUGAAAGACGGAGUGUUCGGGGCCAAGAUGGAAGUAUCGCUUGUGAACGACGGCCCGGUAACUGUGAUCGUGGAUUCUGGAGAGAUGAAAAAUGAGACUCCUCUGCCGAAACCGGAGGCGGGCGAAAAGAUUCGGGAUAAAGAUCCCACUGCUGCACCAGCCUUGGAUUCGAAGUGA